AUGUUCAGCCUCAUCACAAACUGCUGUAGCUGGGCUCGCAAGGUUCACGAGCCUCUCAGGAGCGUUACUCUGCUGAUCCUAGGAUUGGGCAACGCAGGGAAAACCACAAUCUUUAAAGGAAUUAGGAAAGAGUCCCCCUUUUGCACGACUCCCACUCUGGGAUUUGCCAGGAGUAAGCUUAUGCUGGACCGGUUUGAGGUGACACUCUUUGACUUGGGUGGAGGGGAGAAGUUCCGAACCUCCUGGAGGAACUUUUACGCGGAGACGCACGGUGUUGUCUUUGUCGUUGACUCUACGGAUGUCAAACGGACAGCGGAAGCCGGGAAUGUCCUCUCAGAGGUUCUGAAGCAUCCCAAGAUUUCGGGGAAGCCUGUGCUGGUGCUUGCGAACAAACAAGACAAGGCUGAGGCCCUGUCAGAGUCGGACAUCGUGGAGCAGAUAUCUCUGGGGAAACUGGCCAAUGAAAACAAAUCCAUGUGCCGCAUUGAGCCGUGUUCGGGGACUCUGGACUACGCUGAGAAGAAGCUGGACAGGACGGUGCUGCGGGGGCUGAGGUGGCUCCUUUGGACCAUCGCCAGGGAUUACGCCCAUCUGAGCACUCGCCUGAUCCAGGACAGCACGGGGGAGAAGGGUCGAGGACAGCAGCCGGAGAGAGUGGAGGGAGCGUCGCUAACAAAGAAAAUCCAGAGAGAGAGGUGA